UUCAGAGAGAGUCGACGAGUGUGAAUAUUUUUUGACUAAAAAUCCUUCUUUUAUCUCUCAAUUAUGGAUUUUUAUGGGCGCAUACAGCAUUCUCAAGGACUGCAGCAUCUGUUCAAUGAAGAGUUCCACUUCACCCCAUCCAAAGCUACCAAGAGGAUUCGUUUCAAGCUUGCCUGGCGUAAGACAGGGCCUAGAUACUGUCAGGUUGUCUGGGAAACGGAACUGUGCGCACGAAAUAAGGAAAACUAUGACAACGUCAUCUUUACCGAUGAGAGCAGCAUCUGUCUUGAGCGCCACAGGCAAAUAUGCUUUAGCAAGAGAGGAAUGCCGCCUAAGUUAAAGCCCAAGGCCAAACACCCUUAUUAAGUUCAUGUUUGGGCUGGGAUAUCAAAGGAAGGGGAUACCAAGAUGGUUAUCUUCACCGGGAUCAUGAAGUCAG